ACAACACUGACCUGGAUGCAGCUUUGAUGGUUCAAAGCCUGAACUGGAAGAUGAUGUAGUAGCAUUUCCAGAUCAAAGUGUUGAGGGAACUGAAAGUGUUAACACAAGAAAAGACAUGGAAGAAGGUGAACAUGUAGAUCCUGUGGUAAAGGUUAGUAAGACAAGGAAUGAAGAGCAAAUUUUGAAGUCAAAACUUCCUAAAGCACAGAAGUCCCGGAAAAGUUCAAGCAGGAAUGGUUUGAGAGGCAAGGAUGCUGCUGUAAAUGUAGUUAAUAUGAAUCUACCAGAUAAAUUGCAAGAAGAUAUUGGUGAUUCAGGAGAAUCAAAAGAACAAGAACAAAGUAGUCUGGUUCCUAAAGCUAAGGAAGAAAAGCUUUCAGAAGAAAGUGCAGUGAAGGAGAGUUUCAACGGUGUUAGAAAUGUUGAAGAGGCAUGGAAGUGUGAGCCAGAUUCGAAGCAUCCUAUCAAGUGGAGUGACUUAAAUAAAGAUGGGGACAAUACUAAGGAGAGUGUUAGAUCAGAAGUGACAAAUAAGCAUUCUGUUGAAGGAGGAAUGAAGAAUGUGGCAAUGGAACCUGAAAGAGAUCUUUGUAAGAAACCAAAGACUGGAAAAUCAAGAUUUUCUGCUCUAGACCAACCUGGAUCCAACAAAACUAUUGGUAAGGCUUCUCCUCAUGAUGGACAUGAAGACAGAAAGAGGAAACACAAGGAAAAUAAAGAAAGUGGAGAUUGUAUGAGAGAAGCCGCAGUAAUGGAGCCAAGUGGAGAGAAAGUUAGAAAGCAAAAGAAGCUUAAGAAGGGUUCAAGUUGUGAUGGAAAGGAGUUGCCUGAAAGCUGUGAUAGGGACAGAGUGGUUUCUCAGGAAAAUGGUAGAGAUAGUGCUUCUCAUCAACCUUUGGUCCAUGAAGCCAGAGGUUCACUAGUUGACUCACUAGCUCCUUCAGCCUUAGACCCACCUGAGCUUAAAUCAGAAAGAAUCUCAGAGCGGGAUAAACACCAUGAUACUGACUCUAGUGCUGGUGAUACGCGAAAAAGAUGCCGAGAAGGUGAAGGUUAUAUCACUAUGGAUAAACCAAGGACAACAAAGAAGGCUGCAGAAAGUUUGAGAGACAACAAAGAAGGUUAUUGCACAGAGAGUGAACCUCAACAAGAAAAGGCAAAAGAAAGCAGAAACAAGAAAAGACCUGCUAGAAAAGUGUCUAUGGAGAGUAACAAAGAGGACUCAUCAAAGGAACAUCAAGAUCCUAUUAAUAAGCUAGAAAAUACAAAUAGUACGAAGACAAAGGUUAUGCGACAUGAUGAUCAUGUUGGCUCAAGCCCUUUGAAAAAGGAAAUUACGAGUCAGGCUGCAUCCAACUCAAUCAAAGAGGCUACAGACUUGAAACACAUAGCUGAUCGUCUUAAGAAUGCUGGGAAUAAUCACGAGAGCAUUGGUUUUUACUUUCAGGCGGCGCUUAAGUUUCUUCAUGGUGCGUCCCUUUUGGAGUCCUCUGGCACUGAGAAUGCUACACAUAAGAGCAUUGUCACAUCCAAGCAUAUCUAUGGCAGCACAGCAAAACUUUGCAAGUUCUGUGCACAUGAAUAUGAGAAAGAUAAAGAUAUGGGGGCUGCUGCUUUGGCUUAUAAAUGUAUGGAAGUAGCUUAUCUAAGGAUAACUUAUUCCUCCCAUGGGAACAUAAACAGAUAUAAAUCUGAGUUGGAAGCAUCUCUGCAAGUGAUUCCUUCAGGUGAAUCUCCUUCCUUUGCUUCUGAUGGUGAAAACCCAAACAAGACAUUGGCAGCAGAGAAGGUUGCCUUGUCCACCCCUGUGAGGUCAUCCCCUAAAGUAACUGGAAACCAUGUUCUCUCUUCAGGAAACCAUUCCUCUCUUUCACAACUUUUGACUUUUUCGCAAAACGUAAGCCUUGCAAUGGAUGCAUCAAGAAAAGCACAGACCGCCUUUGCAGUUGCAAAGGGAAAAUCAUCUGACACCAGAUACAGUAGCAAUGGCAUAACAUGCAUCAAAAGGGCUCUUGAUUUCAGUUUCCAGGACAUGGAGAAGCUGGUGCAUGCGGUGAGGCUUGCAAUGGAAUCCAUAAACCGAUGAUUGUGAAUUAUGAUCUCACCUUUGUACAAGUAUCAUAGGGCCAUACUCAGAGCGGAGAAGAGAAAGGAAAGCUACCUUUGAGUUUUGCUUGGGGAAUUGUAGACUAUAUAAACUUAUUUUACUGCGCAAGUGUAUAGUGUUAGGACCUUAUUUGUGAGAGACUCGACAAAGAUUUGAAGUUAUCAUCAUGUGUUGUUCAUAUAUAUAUCCCUUGUAGUAUCAGAGAACUUUAGGAAGAGUUUAACAAGAACUG